AUGCCGACGAAGGGUGGUGAUCCGGAACACUUCAAAGAACUCACUCAUGCUUACGAAGUUCUCUCUGAUUCGAACAAACGAGCGAUAUAUGACCAAGCUGGUAAAGCUGGAUUAGAAGGUGGUGGUGGUAUGGGUGGAGGUAUGGAUCCUCAAGACUUGUUCAGUCAACUGUUCGGUGGUGGAGGUGGAUUCUUCGGAGGUGGUGGUGGCUCAAGAAAUGCCGGACCUCGACGUGGAAAGGAUCUCGUUCAUCGAAUCAGUGUAACUCUCGAAGAUCUCUACAAAGGCAAAGUGCAGAAACUCGCUUUAUCCAAAUCGGUGAUCUGUAAAUCCUGUGAAGGUAGAGGAGGGAAGAAGGGAGCAGUAUCGACCUGUACUGGAUGUCAGGGACGAGGAGUCAAAGUCAUGUUGAGACAGUUGGGUCCCAUGAUGCAACAGAUCCAACAACCCUGUGGAGAAUGUGAAGGUACAGGUGAAAUGAUGAACCCCAAAGAUAGAUGUAAGAACUGUAAUGGAAAGAAGACAAUCUCAGAGAGGAAGGUGUUAGAAGUUCACAUUGAUAAAGGAAUGAAAUCUGGACAACAAAUCAAAUUCCAAGGCGAAUCCGAUCAAGCUCCAGGUAUCAUCCCAGGAGAUGUCGUUAUUGUCAUUGAAGAGAAACCUCAUCAACGAUUCCAGAGAAAGGGAGAUGAUCUUUAUUGUGAAGCGGAAAUUGACCUCUUAACUGCCCUUGGUGGAGGUGAAUUUGCCAUCGAACAUUUGGAUGAAAGAGCUUUACAUGUUACGAUCGUUCCAGGAGAAAUCAUCAAACCUGGCGCUCUCAAAGUGAUCUCAGGUCAAGGUAUGCCUUCUUACAGACAUCACGAACUAGGUGAUCUCUACGUCCGACUCAACGUCGUCUUCCCCGAUACUAUCCCCGUAAAUGUCAUCCCUAAAUUGGAAGAAGCUUUACCUAAACGAAAAGAUAUUCAAAAGUUCCCCAAGAAGAUUCACAUGGAUGAAGUUACCCUGGAGGAACCCAAUGACAGGCAACGAAGGUCAGCUGCUUCAGAUGGAGAUGAUAUGGAUGAGGAUGACGAAGAUGGUAGACCCGGUGUUCAAUGUGCUCAACGUGGGUCAUUUCUAUCUCAUUUAAAUUUCAACAUAGUGAGAUAUGUACUGAUGAGUUUGUGA